GACAAAUAUGGCGGUUCCCACGAAGCACAUUUCGAAGAAAACUGUCUCAAAACCCUUUAAUAUUACAGCUCCAUUUUUUCUCCGACAUGGUCUAUGGAGGUAUUCUACGUUCGCACCAACAUCUUUCGAGGACAUGCGCCUUCAUCCAUUUUGAAGUUGACUAACUGUUCGUGAAGGACACAUCCCAAAAAGAAUGGCGUUCCAUCGUGGAGGUAGGCAAAAAUGGACAAUGAUUCGAAGUUGCUCGGAUAUUUCGUGGCUAUGAGAUCCCAAAAUCUAAAAAGGAAUGCAGGUAAUAUCAUUGAACUAACAAGCUCUUCAUCCGCAUGUCUCUACCGGAAGGGAACAAAAAAAAAGGAUACGGUGUGCACAUGGAUCGUUCAGUAGUCGGCGGGAUCGCGGCGGAGAAGGACGUGCACAUCAACGACAGUGUCACUGUGUGUGAUUUUUAUUUAUUUUUGGCGAAUGAACGUCAGAUUAUCCAGAAAGGACGUUACACAAUUGAAUUCGCAUUUUUUUUUUUUAAAGCCAGCCCUCCGGCAUGUUAUGCGCCGUCAUCUUCGCCAUUGCUGCGUUGCUGUUUAGCAGCUCGUGCGGAUGGCAAAGGUCGGAUAACAUUGGCAUUGCCGGAAUUCGGAUCGUCGAAUUCAGCAACUCUUCGUCGGUGAGCGUCGAUUGCGACUGGACAGUGGACGACGUAACGAGCAGACGACGCGCACCGCUACAGCAGCCGACGGCCAAUAAUAGGCCUAUCCAUCAGCAGCUGGCCAAUGGAGGCGGACUAGUUGCUGAUAAUGGUGACAGCGCCACGACAGACGGGCUAUCGUUAACUUGGCUCGACGCCAAUCGACAGCCCGUCGUCUCCAUUCCGGGCAUCAGGCACGUUCUGAGUAACGGAACUUUACAAUUCCCGGCUUACCGCGACGAUGCAUACCGAUCAGAUGUUCAUUCGGCAGAGUACAGGUGUCUUGCCAGCACGGCCACCGGAGCUCUUCUAAGUCCGCCCGUCAUAAUCCGCUCAGUGGUAAUUGGAGCGUUGCAGGUGUACGCUAGUGAUGCUUACACGCUGCCGGGCAACACGGCCGUCUUGCCCUGCCUAGUGAUGGUGCCAGUAGAACAGGCGUGGGCUGUCCAGGUGACGCAUUGGACGGUGAGCUCCGGCCCAAACAACCAACACCUGGUCGAUUCCCACGCCAUACCCCAACCCGGUGCCAAGUACGCGCUGAUUGGUGGCCAUCUGCACGUGGCUGACGUGUCGUUGGAGGACACGCAGCUGUCCUACCGUUGCUUUGCCCGGCAUCGUUUAAAUGGCCAGCAAAGACAGACUUAUUCCAGUCCGCCAGCUAAAAUCAUCUUUACUCAUCACCCGUCGUCGACUCAUCAACAAUCGCCGUUGGCUCCUCAACUCGUCCCCUUUGUGCCCGCACUCCAACAUCCGUCAACGUCGCUGAGGAUCAAGCACGUCCGGCUGGCGCACGAUGACAUCUACAUGACGUGCACGGUCUCCGCUUAUCCGCCCGCUAAAAUCAGGUGGUUUAAAGUGAAUCCGGCCAAUGGAGCAGCCGUCGCUUUAGUGACGGACGGCAGGCGGAUAUCGACUGGGGGCGACUGGUUCCGCAUCGGACAACCGAACGGUGAUGACGCUGGACGUUACCGAUGCCAGGCCACCAAUAGCCAGGGACAGAUGGAAGUGGAAUUCCGGCUGGAUGUUCACGGUCCAUUGCGCGCUCGACUUGAACCUCAACGUCAAGUGGUGGGUGUCAAUCAGCCAGCCGAGCUGACGUGUAACGUGUCCGGCUUGUUAUCUCCGCAAUUGAUGACACCGUCCAUCCGGUGGACGCGAAACGGAAUCGACAUUCCGGUGGAUGCUGGACGUUUUUACAUGCCUCAGUUGAAUGUCUUGCGGAUUAAUCGUGCAGCCGUCACAGAUUCCGGGAUGUAUCAGUGCUUUGUCCGCGUGGAUACCACCGGCCAGUUCCAGCAGCAGUCGGUCGUGUCUCAGGCCCUGUCCGGAAGUUACCAGCACGUACAGGCCAGCGCUGAACUAAUUGUGCGCGAUUCGGCUCCCUCCAGACUGACGGAUGUCUUUAAUGAACAAAUGGUCUAUCCGGGUCGUCCAGCUUUUCUUCAUUGUUCCGUCUCGAGCCACGGUAGCCCUAGUCCGCCAUCUAUCGCUUGGACUGUCGAUUCGUUGACUAUUCCAUAUACUUCCGGCCGGGUGUCGACAUCGUCGCAUUUGCUGGACAACAGCGCCAUCAUCCGGAGUUAUUUGAAUAUCAGUUCAUCCGAAGUGGAAGAUGGCGGAUUGUAUUGUUGCUCCGUUCUUCAUCCGGCGAUGGGAGCUGGACAGUUGGAUUAUUUGGAUACGUUUCAAUUGAACGGGCAGGAACAACACUGCGCCCGGUUGAAUGUUUACGGUAUCCCCGUUAUUCGAUGGGCAGGCAACAAAACAGCUGUGGCUGGCCAGGAUUAUAAUCUCGACUGCCCGUUUGCUGGUUAUCCAGUUCAAUCCGUCACGUGGCUAAGAGCAGGUCAAUUGAUCAAGGAGACGGACAACAAGUACAAAAUGUUUGCCAAUGGAACGUUGAGGAUUUCUGCUAUGGAACCAGCUGUUGAUGGAGGAGAAUACACGUGCGCAGUCAAAGGAUCUGGGUCGUCGAUAGCCAAAAAGGCACUUUACGUCGAAGUUAUUCGACCUCCGGUUAUCGAACCGUUUGGUUUCCCAAUGCAAGUGCAAGAUGGCGGUCGUACUCAGGUGACGUGUUCCAUCUCGUCUGGUGAUCUGCCUAUCAAAGUCAGCUGGACGAGAGACGGCCGGCCCAUCGCUGCCAAUUUAAAUGUUGAAAUGCAAACGGGCGAAUUCCACAGUUUACUCAUUUUCAAGAAACUAAGAGGCGAACACAGUGGUGUCUACACUUGCACGGCCCGUAAUUUGGCCAAAGCGGCCAGUCACAGCGCCGUGUUACUCGUUCAAGUUCCACCGAAAUGGAUCGUAGAACCACAAGACGCAGCCUUGCUGGAAAACUACCCGGCCAGCAUCCCGUGCCAGGUGCAUGGAAUGCCCCCGCCUAGCGUCCGCUGGUUCCGUAUGGACGGUGAAAACAACAUCGCUGUCCAUUCGUCCAGCAAGGUCAGUCUACUGCCUGACGGAUCACUCCGUUUCUCCAGGAUGAGCAAAAGCGACGAAGGGCUGUUCCAGUGCCGAGCCGGCAACAAUAUCGCAAGUGCCUUGUCUAAAACUGUUCGAAUCAGCGUCAAUGCGGCUGCGAAGGUGAGGAUUCACACGAGUGGCGCCAUUUUCCCUACCGGAUCAGAAGCUUUGCUCCGUUGCGAAGGCUCGGGUGAUCCGCCGAUGACCAUCCACUGGAAGCGAUUCGAUCAGCUGAUUGAACCCCAACAACAAAUGGAACGUUUCCAAUUGUCCAGUUCGACAUUGGACGGUCGUGACUUCCUCGAUUUGAACAUUAGCCGAAUCGAAGCAGACGACGGUGGUGUCUACGUUUGUCAGGCGGCCAAUCUUUACGGAAGCGAUGCAUCUGAUAUUCGCCUGAUUGUCCAGGAACUUCCAAAAGCUCCUGGACAACUUCAGUUGACUUCCAUCCAGAGCCGAUCCGCUGAACUGCAAUGGCUGGACGAUGAGGAGGUUGAUCCGUUGCUGGAAUAUCGCGUCCAGCUGACCAGACCAGGCACUACGGGCUGGACAUUCAAUCAAACCAUCGAAGCGAGAGGGCGAAGCCUCGUCACACUGCCUCAUCUUCAUGCAUUUACUGUUUACGAGGUGCAAGUGAGUGCAAUCAACUCAGCUGGAAUAGGUCCACCUUCUGCUCCUGUUCAGUUUCAAACUCACGAAGAAGUACCUGCUGGACCUGUACGACACGUCCAGGCAGAAGCGAAAUCUUCUCGUUCGGCACUCGUCUCUUGGCUGCCUCCCAACGAAGAGACUUGGAACGGUCGUUUGGUGACGUUCACUGUCACUUGUGUGGAGACGAGCGGAAACGGCCAAAUAAUCCAGCGGAGUGUCGCUCAUCUUUCCCCGGAUUCUAAACCUGUUCGGCGCAUCCAGGUGACGAUAGAAAAUCUUGUUCCAGCGACGGUUUACGCUGUCACUGUUCGAGCUUUGAAUCGGAUGGGUGCCGGCCCGGAAUCCGAGCCUCCCGUAGCUCUAACUACACCCGAAGCCCCGCCUACUUCACCUCCAAUCAACUUACAUUGCGUCACGUUAUCGGCUGACGCCAUCCAGUUGACUUGGACUCACCCGAUCGCGGCUCAUCAUAACGGACAUUUGCAGGGCUUCCGGAUAUUUUACAAAGUCUUGUCCAGCAACAGUGUCGUUGGCAAUCAUCAUAGAUUAGCUCUAGCCGAUGAGCUUUCGUCUUUUGUCCGCCCGGAAUCGAAGAGGGUCGGACCGAGUCUUCUCGAUUCCGUUCUGUAUGGAUUGCAAGCGUAUCACAAUUACAGUAUCCAGAUAUCUGCAAUCAAUCGAGCUGGUAAUGGACCUCCGAGUGUUCCAGUCGUCUGCCAAACGGAUGAAUCCGUUCCGGGUGCCGUACAAGAAGUCAAAGCUUCUAGUGUGUCCAGUUCGUCCAUCGUGGUGACUUGGCGCCGUCCAACACCUCCUGGCGGCCGGAUAAUGUAUUAUGUGAUCCAGUUGAAAGAUACCGUCACCCAGGAAACGAAAAGGUUUAUGCAACACGAAACGGACAACGCACUGGAACAUCAAGUUAAUCAGCUGGUAGAAAACCGGCUGUACGAAGUCAGUAUCACAGUCAAAGGACGAGCUGGAGAAGGUCGUCCGUCGCGAACUCUUACCGUCACACCAAUGGCCAAAAGUGGCGCAAAGAUAUUGGAAUUUUCCAGGACGAUUUGGAUUGAUGAACAGCAGCGAGCAGAAAAUGUAAUCCUUUCCUGUCCGGCGACAGGAACGAAUCCAGUGGAGAAAACCUGGACAUUUGCUGGCCAACCUCUCAGUAGUAAUCCGCACUUGAACUACCGCUGGGAUAAAGAUGGCGCGCUCCAGCUGUUGGAAGUGGACCGGCACGUCGAAGGCGAUUACGCCUGCACGGCUCGCAACCAACACGGACGUGAUGCCGUCGUCUUCACGGUGCACUUGCUCCGCCCUCCGGAAAUUCCGCAAUUGUCUGUUACACCAACGUCGACCUCAUCUAUCCGUCUGUGGUGGAACAAACCGUCCAGCAGCGGCAGCAAGUUGAGCACCUUGUUAGCCGUGUUGGAGUAUGUGGUGUCCUAUCGUCCGGCUCUUGUCGGAUCGGCUGUCCAGGAGAAAUCAGUGGAUGGAAAUGAAGAUGGCACAAUUCUAGAUGGUCUUCUGUGCGGCACUCAAUACGAACUGCAAGUCCAGGCUAGGAAUCAAAUCGGUUUAGGACAGAAAAGUCCUUUGUUAAGAGCCAUGACUCGUGGAUCAGGACCAGCGAGUUGGCCGGAAUCGUCCAGUUUGUUUGGUUUCUCAGCCGCAAUGCCAGCAACGCUUUUCAUUCAUUUGGAUCACUGGCCAACAGGUGGAUGUCGAAUCAGUUCAUUUCAAGUUGAAAAGCGAGGACCCGUUCAAUCAGGCCAAAUGGAUCAUUCUUCCGGAAACUGGAACACUUUGGCUUCCAAUCUCAAUCCGGACGAGCAGCCCAUGCUCAAAGUGAGCGACUUUGUCGAUGAUGAAACAUAUCAAUUGAGAUUAACUGCCACUAGCGAUUCCGGAAUCCACUCCGUCUCGUACAACGUCCGUCGUAUCUCAGGAAGAAAAGUGGAACACAAUGGAUCGGCUUUCGAUGUUGUACCAAUGACGACACCUGUCGGACAAUCGAUCAGUUACGAAUCAUUGAUUGUCAUCGCAUCCAUGUCGAUAUCAGGGAUUAUGUUGCUCUUCUCGUUGGCUGCCAUCACUUACGUCAUCCACAAGAGGAAAGAAUAUCAAGCCAACGCGGCAUCUGCGGUAGCAGCUGCCGGUUUAUCCGCCAAGAGCGAAUACUCGCUGCGAACGGUCGCCGAGCAGCUGGACAACCAAGCGAUGGAUGACAAUCCGAACCAGCUGUUCCAGCAGCACGGCCGUUCACUGCCCAGGUCGAAUGGCAUGAACGGUAGUAGUUAUUCUCUACGCAAACAAAUUGAUUUCGACGAGGAUGACGAUGAUGAUGGUGAUAUCACGCCGUACGCCACGUUCACGUUGAAGCCUAUCAAUGGGAUGGACACGUGUCGUUCGCUCAUGUCCGCACCGUCCGCUGCGUCCAGUGGACUUCCGGACGACAGUCAUUCGCCCAAUAGCAUCGAAGCGGAUGUCAAUGGAGUUUUAUACGGCCAUCAUCCGACAUUGCCUUGCAUGUCGUUGAUGCAACAACCUCCACCCCAUCCAGCACACGUCUACCGUCACCUCAAUCGAUCACCUGUGCCACCCUAUCGGCCGUCUUGCGAACCUUCCACCUUAUCAACUGCGGACUCGCUUUACGGCGAAUCCACCUACACAUCUACGAUUACUAGCAAGAAGAACUCAUCAAUUCAACAUAUCCAUCAUCCGCCUGUCUUGUCUGGGAGGAACAGUGUAGGCAGGGCAGUGAGGAAACAACAACGGAUGAGUUCGAAUCAUUCCACGCACGUUGCAAGACGACCAGAUGGAUCGUGGAGUUACAAUCCGUGAUAAGCAUUUACAAGGAAAUCAUUCCCCCCCCCCCCACACACACACACGUUGAGAUGCAGCAUCCGAAUAGGAAGAAUCUUUUAUGGAUAAAACAGAGACGGAAGCUUCCAGUGGGCGCAUCGUUGUGAAUUAUUGAAUAUACUGAUUUUCUUCUUCCCCAUCCCACCGCAAUUCUACUUCCUUGUUGUUACAGCUCCUGUUUUUUUUGUUUUUUUUUAAAGAGGAUUUUCAAUCCGGAAAAGAUGGUAGUGGUGGUGGGAAGGGAUUUCAUUCUUUUGAUUCUCGUAUUUCUUGUUUUGUUUCCCUAAACCAAUUUUCUCCCCUUUUCAAUUCCGGAUUGGGAUUUAUAUAGCGGCAGACAUACACUCUAUGAUCUCUUGUGUUUUA